UGAAUAUCUUGGUACAUUUAAAGCAAUAUGGGAUGAGAUGGACAUAUACUCACCUCUUACUACAGACCUUACUAAGGCCAAAAGGCAGCGUGAACAAGAUCGCAUCUUUGAAAUUUUAGCCGGCCUGCCUAAUGAUUAUGAACAACUUCGUAGUCAAAUACUUAUGGCCCAUGAUUUGCCUUCUCUAGCAUCAGUUUUAUCCUUGCUUAUGCGUGAAGAGUCCAGGCGUAAGGCUAUGGGAAUGCUGGCUGACGGUUAUCAAGAAAUACCCAAUGAAGAAAAAUUGGCUUUUGCAACAAGCAAUAAUGCUUAUUCUACCACCGGUGAGAGGUCAUUCAAAUACAAACGUGAGGACUCUAGGAAAGUCAAGUGCACUCACUGCAAGAGGAAUGGGCACUCUCGAGAUUCCUGCUGGUUCCUUCAUGGGAAACCUGAAAAAGGGCAGAAUUCUUUCAUUAGAAGCAUGGCUCGCAAUCAAGAAAAAAGAGAUCACAACUCCAAUCAAGCAAAUCAUGCCACGACUUCAUUGGAAAAUCAGAUCACUUUGGACAAAUUGGCUGAAAUGAUUAAAGAACUUCAAGUCCAAAGAACCGCCGGCAUCGCAACCAACUUGGGGAACAAAGGUACAAUCAAAUCAGGAUCGGAUGACUCAGAAGACGAUUGGUGAAGGGCAACUCAUCCAUGGACUCUAUCAAAUAAGAACUAUGAAUCAUGCAUUGAACGUGAAUCAUGCCAACAAUGGAGAAAUUUGGCACCAAAGGAUGGGACAUCCAUCUUCUAGAAUUUUAGAAUAUCUAUUUCCUAAUCCUUGUUUCAAUUGUAGAGAGUGUGAAAUAUGCAAAUUUGCUAGAAUGAC